AUGACUUCCGAACAAAAAUAUCCUGGUUACGAAGAACUUACAUCUUAUUUGACACGAAGCAGAGACAAAUCUUUCUGGAGUUUUCUACUCUAUUGUCGGGACGCGAUUGUUGCUACCACUUCACCUACUUCCCGCUGGUAUGACCUUGACAACUUCUGGUACAAAUGCUUUCUAGUAGAAGCAAAAGAGCUCUUAAACCAAAAUGACUUUAAUAAUUUAGAAAAACAGGUCAGUGAAGAUCGAAAAUGUUAUAAUUUUGAGGAUUACUGGAAUGACGUGAUUGAUGCAUGUAAAAUAAAACAAAAAAUCUUGGCCUAUGAAAAAGAAAAAGAGCGCAUUCAGCUUGAACAUUUGCACAAACUUAAUGAAAUCGAUAAAAAAAUAGAAAUGGAGAAUAUCGAAUUACAAAGGCAAACUUGA